GGCCACCUCGGCUCCGGGCACUGCUCCGUGAGCUGCGGCUCCCAAGCCUCUCUUCCCCUCCCUGCUUGGCCGGCCGCCGGCACCCCUGGACCGAAGGACAGACAAUCGGGCGACGGUGCCGGGGGAGGCUCGCUGCCGGGAGGCUCCCUGGAAGCCCCUCAUCCCCCUAGCUGGGAGCUGCAGACAUGAGUCAGGAUGCCUUUGACCUCCAGACCCUGCCUCCAAAGGCCAAGACGGACUCGGAAGAGGACGCCGCCGGCGCCGUGCCUGGGGAAGCGGCCCUCGCCAGUCCGGGAGCAGCCCCGCGCUCCGAGGCCAUGAGGGUGAACGAGAAGUACUCGGCGCUGCCCGCCGCGGCCGACAGGGGCGUGCACAUCGUCAACAUCCGCGCCAUCGACGACCUGGGCUACCUGCAGUCCGAGGGCACGUUACUCAACUCGCUGGCCGUGGACCCGGACACCCACUGCAAGUAUGGCCUCUAUUUUCGCGAUGGCAAGAGGAAAGUGGACUACAUCCUGGUCUACAAUUACAAGAGGACGGCGGCCCACAAGAUCCUGGCGCGGAGGGUCCUCCAUGGCGACGUCCUGCCGGGGGCUCCGGGCCACAAGCAGGAGCAUCAUCCCCUCCCCGGCAAGGACGGGCCCUUGGACGCGGGCGAGAUGGACCACCAGGGGGAUCACCAUGAGGACGACAGGCGUUUCCGGCGCGAAGAGUACGAAGGCAACCUCCUGGAGGCCGGGCUCGAGCUGGAGAGAGACGAGGAUACGAAAAUACACGGACUUGGAUUUGUGAAGAUUCACGCCCCUUGGAAUGUUCUAUGUCGAGAGGCUGAAUUUCUGAAGCUCAAAAUGCCCACCAAGAAGAUGUACCAGAUUAACCAGAGCCGGGGCCUCAUCAACAAAAUUAACUCAGUCCUCCAGAAGAUCACAGAGCCCAUCCAGCCCCGAGUGGGUGACCACGGAUCCCAGACCGUGAAGAGACUCUCUUUUGCCUUCUCCAGGGAAAAGCAGCACCUGUUUGACCUGACCGAUAAGGAUUCCUUUUUCGACAGCAAAACUCGGAGCACCAUAGUCUAUGAGAUCUUGAAGAGGACGACGUGCGCCAAGGCCAGCACAGGCCAAGGAGAGGGAAGAAAGAAGGAUUCUGCCCUUUUAAAUAAAAGGAGAAAAUGUGGUCAAUAUGGAAUCACCAGCCUUCUCGCCAACGGAGUGUAUAGCGCAGCCUACCCGCUGCACGAUGGUGACUUCGAAGGAGAUGUUGAGUUCAAUGACCGAAAACUCCUGUGUGAGGAGUGGGCCACCUACCGCGCCUUCUACAAAUACCAGCCCAUCGACCUGGUCAGGAAGUAUUUUGGAGAGAAGGUUGGCCUCUACUUUGCCUGGUUGGGCGUCUAUACUCAAAUGCUCAUCCCAGCCUCCAUUGUGGGCAUCAUUGUGUUUCUCUAUGGAUGUCUCACUGUGGAUGAAAACAUCCCCAGCAUGGAGAUGUGCGACCAGUGGAACAACAUCACCAUGUGUCCCCUCUGUGACCGGACGUGCAGCUACUGGAAACUGAGCUCUGCCUGUGCCACCGCUCGGGCCAGCCACUUCUUUGACAACCCAGCCACCGUCUUCUUCUCCGUGUUCAUGGCCUUGUGGGCUGCCAUGUUUAUGGAACACUGGAAGAGGAAGCAGAUGCGGCUCAACUACAUCUGGGACCUGACGGGCUUCGAGGAGGAGGAGGCUCAUCCAAGAGCAGAGUACGAGGCCAAAGUUCUGGAGAAGUCCCUUCGGAAGGACUCCCGCCACAAGGAGAUGGAUAAGGAGAAGCUGACGUGGAAGGACCGGCUGCCAGCCUACCUGACCAACCUCGUGAGCAUCCUCUUCAUGAUCGGCCUGACCUUUGCCAUCGUCUUCGGCGUCAUCAUCUACAGGAUCUCCACGGCGGCUGCUCUGGCCAUCAGCUCCCGCUCGAACGUGAGAGUCACCGUCACGGCCACGGCGGUCAUCAUUAACCUGGUGGUGAUCAUCAUCCUGGACGAGCUGUACGGCUCCAUCGCCCGCUGGCUGACCCUGAUCGAGGUGCCCAAGACGGACAAGAACUUCGAGGAUCGGCUGAUAUUCAAAGCCUUCCUGCUGAAGUUUGUGAACGCCUACACCCCCAUCUUCUACGUGGCUUUCUUCAAAGGCCGGUUCGUCGGACGCCCGGGCGACUACGUCUACAUCUUCCACUCCUUCCGCAUGGAAGAGUGUGCACCUGGUGGCUGCCUGAUGGAGCUGUGUAUCCAACUCAGCAUCAUCAUGUUGGGCAAGCAGCUGAUUCAGAACAACCUGUUUGAGAUCGGCAUCCCAAAAAUGAAAAAAUUCUUCCGCUACCUAAAACAGCGGCCGGCCGACCACGAGGAGUCCACCAAGAAGAAGCAGCGCUACGAGGUGGAUUACAACCUGGAGCCCUUCGCUGGCCUCACUCCGGAGUACAUGGAAAUGAUUAUCCAGUUUGGAUUUGUCACCCUGUUCGUCGCCUCCUUCCCGCUGGCGCCUCUAUUUGCUCUGCUGAACAACAUCAUAGAAAUCCGCCUGGAUGCCAAGAAGUUUGUCACCGAGCUCCGGAGACCCGUGGCCGUCAGGGCAAAGGAUAUAGGCAUCUGGUACAAUAUUCUGCGGGGCAUCGGGAAGCUGGCGGUCAUCAUCAACGCCUUCGUGAUCUCCUUCACCUCCGACUUCAUCCCGAGACUCGUGUACCUAUAUAUGUACAGCUCCAAUGGCACCAUGCAUGGCUUUGUGAACCACACGCUCUCCUCCUUCAACGUCAGUGACUUCCAGCCAGGGACGGCUCCCAACGACCCCCAGGACCUGGGUUAUGAGGUGCAGAUUUGCAGGUAUAAAGACUACCGAGAGCCUCCGUGGUCAGAGAACAAGUACGAGAUCUCCAAGGACUUCUGGGCCGUCCUGGCCGCCCGGCUCGCCUUCGUGAUCGUCUUCCAGAACCUGGUCAUGUUCAUGAGCGACUUCGUCGACUGGAUCAUCCCGGACAUUCCCAAAGACAUCAGCCAGCAGAUCCACAAGGAGAAGGUGCUCCUGGUGGACCUCUUCAUGAAGGAGGAGCAGGGCAAGCAGCACAUGCUGGAGACCCUGAAGGAGAAAGAGAGCCUGCAGAGCGGCGACGGCUGCAACAACCACAGCCCCCCCUUCGCCAGGACCCAGCGAGGCACCACGGCCUCCGGGCGCUCCUACCACGUCGCCAUCUAGCAGGAGGAAACGCCGGGCUUCCGGAGCCCUCCCUCGGGCAUGCCGGGGAGAGCCACUCUGCCUGGGACCCAGGCUCUCAUUUGAGGACAGCCUGGCACCGGGUCCACAGAGGGCUGAAGCCUGGUGCUGCCGGUACUGGGAGAAAUUCUCUUGUAGAAAUGGAGGACCACGUCCUGAUGGGACCCCCCCCUCUUCUUUUUGCACAAACUGUAAUGCAGGGAACACUCUCUCUCUCUCUGUUCCUCCCUCCUUCCCUCUCUCCCCCUCCGUCUCUCUCUGUCUCCCUCUCUGUCUCUCUCUCUCUCUCUCACUCACUUGCUCACUCUCUCUCUGUCUCCCUCUGUCUCCCUCCCUCUCUCUCUGUCUCCCUCUCUGUCUCUGUCUCUGUCUCUGUCUCUGCCUCUCUCUCUCCCUCUCUCUCUCUCUCUCUCUCUCUCUCUCUCUCUCUGUGUCUCUCUCUGUCUCUCUCUCUCUCUGUCUCUCUCUCUCUCUCUCUCUCUUUCUCUCUCCUUCCCUUCUUCCCUCCCUCCCUCCCUCCCUCUCUCUGUCUCUCUCAAUCAGAAAAAGGGAUGAUGCCGCCCUUGGGGUCAGUGUAGGCAUUUCCUAGCAACAGUUUCCUGCAGACUCUGGUCUCCUUUCUGCUGCAAGAUGUGCGAGUCUCCAGAAGAAAAAACCUUUUUAACCUUUCUGAUGCCUUAAUGCGUAGACAAAGUGGUUGUCCUAGACGGUGGGCCUGAGCUCCUCGCAGCAGAGGGGCCGCCGGACCACAAGCUGAGUUUAGAGGCGACUUUCCAAAAGAAGCUCCCAGAGCAGAGGACGGGAAUCCAUUUCGACCCAACACCGUCCUCGCUCUGGACGCCUUCUGAAGUUCCAUCUAAGAAAGUCCCGCCCCAAGCAGCCCAGAGAGCCCCCUCGGGGUCCCAGAUGCAGUGCAUGCUGGGAGGAGCCAAAUGUGGUCCAUCAUGGGGGAAGGGGACCCCCAACCACCCCACACCCCACUGGCCCACCCAAUCGGUCAUCUCCCGCCCCCUCCCCUCCCCACCAAACCCCAAUCUCUUCCCAACCCGACGAUGUUCUUCAUUUGGCCGCUUUCUGAGGAAACCAAAUUGCGAAGGGCCAUGAGAAAUGCAGCCACCCCAGGGGUAUUUUUAGAGCCUUUCAGGUUUGAAAUAGAGGUUUUCCGGCCGGCCUCCCUCGGCAGGAGACGGCUCCGCUUUAGGUAGUGACUGGGUUUCAAAAUCAGUUAUGGGGCGAGAUUGAUUUCUUGGUUCUUUCUGCAGCUGGCCUCCCGGGGACCCGAGGGGGGCGGAGUCUAUUAUGUUAACCAAAUAUCUCUGAAAGGCUUUGGAAAGAUUGUUCCUUCCUACCAAAGAUUUUUAUUAAUAAAGGGCUUCUAUUUUGGUAACACGCUCUUCUAUCUUUACGUACAGGGAUCUCACUAGUGGACAUCCAUCAUUCACCAGGCACAUUUCUCACACUCACACUCACACACAUGCACACACGCACACAUGCACACACUCGCACACAUGCACACACAUGCACACACACUCUCUCACACACAUGCACACUCACACACUCAAAUACACUCACACACUCACAUACACUCACACUCUCACUCUCACACUCACUCUCACACAUGCACUCACACACACACACAGGCACACGUAAUUCUCCCAAGUGACUCAAUGUACACAAAGGCCUGCUGGUCAGCGAUUCCCAGAGGCUGGACCUUCUCCAAGAGAAUGACAAAUGUCAUCCCUCGCCCUCGUCCCCAUCCCCUGCGCCACAGACAUCCUGACGUUCGUCCCCCACACUCGGAUCCUGUUGUUAUUUGCUGAAAUUGUACACACGGAUGCUUUCUUUUCUCUUGCACAGGCAGUGCUUUGAAAUGGGGUUUUGUAUAGAAAUACUGUAUUCAAAAUGAGGUGAUCGCCCAAAAAGUCACUUCGCAGAAACCUUUUUUACCAGAAGCAAAUGUACGCAGCUCCGUGUCCUAUUUUGGCUGAGCAUUUAUUGGAAAUAAAUUUAAAUGCACAACUAAGUCGGA